AUGAGCAAUGAAGAACCUCCCACAAAGAGACGGAGAUCGGAUGCUCUUGGUAGGUUGCUUGGAAAUGGUAGACAGUGUCCAGCGUCAACUUCACCUGUGAACACUCCUUUCUCGACUCCCAACCAGAGCACAAAGCUUUCAUCAUUGAGCGGAAGGGGAUCUCUGGAUGGCUGGACAACAUGCCCCUUAUGCGGCAAAUAUUCGAAAAAGAAGUAUGCCUUCGGGAAAGGAAUUGCUUCACAUCUACUGGCAAUACAUACGCCAUGGAAUCCUACAAAACUAUCCCUGAAGAUUGAACGUCGAAAGAAGGAAGAGCAAGAACGCCAAGACCGAAGAAAACAUCAGCAAAGUCAAAAAUAUGAGAAAAGUAUCGAAUCUAGCAACGGAAACCCUGGGUUUGACGGAAAUGAAGACCUGAUCACAAGAGAAUCGAACACAAAAGUACCAAAAUUGUCAGCUGCACCCCCAACGGCUCCCUGGACCCCAAAUGAUGCCGAGCGAGAGGCAUGGGAUGCCAAGGUACUGAGGAUUCUGUCUGAGCUGGAACAUCAACAUGUUCUCCUCGAUGAAAACAAGAAGACUGGUCCAAGCCAUAGUGCCAAGGAACACAAGGCCGUCCGAUCUCGAAUGUUGACGAAAACAGGAAGUCAAACCACUUGUUAUCGUGAUAGCUUGCCAGCCUUUCUGGAUGCUGCAUCCAAGGGGGAUUUAGAUGUUUUGCAACAAAUGGUGGCAGAGACCAGCAAGAGUAAAAUCCAAAAACUUUUAGAUACAAAGGAUCGACACUUGUCCACUGCUGAACACUGGGCUGCUGGAGGAGGACACUUUGAGUGUCUGGAAUACUUGAGAAUGUUGCGACGAAGACAUGCUGGAACUAAAGACAAUGAUCAAGCUGAUAGUAAGAGAAGGAGUUUGAACGGCGGCAAUGAAUCUUCUGACCAAGCUCCACCCAAGCACAAGUUGCGACGACGGGAUGGAAAGACGAGCUUGCAUUACGCAGCCCGCAAUGGACACUUGAACUGCGUCAAGUACUUGAUUGAAAAGGAGGGGUAUCAGGUGGAAGAAGCCUCGGGAGAAGGAACCCUGCCAUUACACAUGGCGUGUUUUGGUGGACAUUUACCAGUCGUCCAAUAUCUAGUGGAACAAGGUGCCGACGUCCAUGCGAGGAAUGAAUGGGGAUGCGAUGCCUUUCAAUUUGUCGGGUUGACGAUAUCCAAGCCAACUUCAAAGGAAAUGGCGAGUACAAGGGAUGAUACUGCAACAGUCACGAAUACAACAAAAAUACGAGACUUGUGCAACUACUUGAGACAUGCCUGCAAGGUCAAUCUAAUUCGUUCCCAGCAACAAGGCCACUCAAUCUUGCAUAAGGCAGCUCAAAAAGGCAACUGGCAUGUUCUGCAGUGGGUAGCAGAUGCCAAGGAAGCUGGCGGAGCUGGUCUCUCCAAGGAAGAACUGACUCAAAUAGGAGCUCCUGAUUUGGGGGGCCAUCGUCCAAGUCAUAUCUGGCGCAAAUUCCACGCUGACGAAUCGGUAGCCAUGUGGAUGGAGUCUCUUGGAUGGUAG